AAAACCCCUGCUCGAUUCUAACGGUAGGGUUUAUCAAAAAGUUUGAAGAGUGAAAGAGCAAAGGAAAUAGAUUUCUUUCCAUUCAGCCAUGGCUACCGCUCUAUGGAGAAACGCAAGUCGUCUACGAAACGUUCAUCGGUGUCUUCAUGCCUGCAGUCCAAGUCAAUUCAGAUCCCCUAUUCCAUCUUCAACCACAACCGCCGAUUCUUUUCACGGUCCAUCUCUCUUUUCCUUGCGACCGGUCAUUCCUGUUGGAGCUGAAUUCAAAUCCUUGGGAAUUUAUGGAAGAUAUUUAUCUAAUUCCACCACAGCUCCUAGUGGAAAUCAAGAGAAAUCAUCUUCAUCCUCAAAAACCAAUUCUGAAGGGACCCAGAACAAUGGAGAUUCGCAACAGAGCAGUGGUGCUGGAGGCAAACCUGUUCGCGGCGGGCCUGUUUCUUGGUUGAGUUUGCUGCUGCUGCUUGUCACUGGAAUCGGUAUUAUCCUUUACAUUUUUGCAGAAUUUCAUCCAAAAUUAGUAGGGUUAACUGGUAGCCCUGAUGAGAUAAAGCAAAUUGCUCGUGCAUAUCGAGUUUAUUAUAUGAAGACAACGGAGGAAGAUUCAGACUACCUUGUUGAUCAUUCCAUAGUCAUGUACUUGAUGGAUCCUAAGAUGGAAUUUGUUAAGUUUUUCGGGAAGAAUAAUGAUAUCGAUUCACGGACCGAUGGUGUAAUUAAAGAGAUAAAGCAGCACAAAAAAUAG